UCAACGUCCGGUUUCGCAUUUCUCUCCUCUUCCCACAACACGAUUAGCAUUCGAGAAUGGCAUCGUGUGGAUCCCGAGCAAGGGCACCGCCGGCAUUGACAGUGACACUGGUGCUGCUCCUAGGCCUAGCUGUGGUUCUUCCGUCAUGCCACACUGCCAGCAUCGACAUGCCCAAUGUUCCGGGUUAUCCAGCAGAGUAUGACAGCGAGCACGCCAUCAUCGACGCCGCAACGUCAGCGUUCAGCUGCGAGGAGGGCUACUAUGAGCGAUGCGCCAGUCCGCCCUGCGCCGGCGGUGUUGAGCGCACGCCUGCCAGCGCCGGCUUGGUGGACGGGCGUCUCACCUGGACCAAUCUCCCUACUUGCGAAGAAAUGGGCACAUUCACGUGCGGCGCUUCCACCUAUCUCCAUGGUGACAAUAGGACCACGCUGAGCAGCGCACGUCAGAGCUGUCUGAACGCCAACUCUACUCUGCUCAACCAUCUCUUUCUGGCUAGUCUGAGCGGUGAGGAGCGUGGCUGUGUGCUCGACAGGGCCAAUCCGAAUUGGAACGUCGACGCCAACGGAAGACGGUAUGCGUUUGAUAGGGACCAUGACGACUUCACUAUUCCCCAGGGUGACGGGGCGGUCUUUGCUUUUGUUUGCCUUCCAACCAACUACAAGUCGCUGAUGGCCAGCUCUGCUCCAGACGUGGACACCAGGAGCGAAGUGCUCAGAUGCAGAGGCUUGCCCGAGGUGUACAGCUGUGAGCAUGAGGACACUACGUUUGUCAGCAUGCCAGGCUACGUGGAAUUUCACCUCUGCCUGCCGCAAUGCUCAAACCAAGCACCACUUCCACCCACUCAAGAACUCGCCUUCGGAGAAUUCAGCGUCACCUUCAAUAAGUACGAGCAUGGGGUCACCGCCCCCGUUGCAAGGUCUGAGUGUAAACGCCAGGGCAGGCAACUUCUCCAUGUUAAGGAUUUGAAUGCCUUCAAAUUUCAUCUCUUUUUCGCUAUCAAACUGAAGUUUUCUUCAUUGGAAGAUAUCUGGGUGGUGAAUUCGGGCAGGAGGAUUGCCAAGUAUUAUAUUCAACGGAGAUAUAUUGUGAAUGAAGAACUUCACUCGCGCUCUUUUGCACAUGGCUUCAUCUGUACCAAAGAUGUCUCUGCCAAUAGAUGCAUUGGGCAGAACCGUUGCCCGGAGAACCACCAAUGUAUACACAAGGGCAAAGGCUUCGCGUGUAAAGGCACUAGGCGUUGCGAUGGUGAAGCACUUUGUCCUGUCCCAUUUGAAAACUGCUUGAACACAACCAGGGGCUUCGAGUGUAGAAAAGCAAGCAUAACGCCGGGCCCUAUCAGAGAGACGCUGGACUACAUAGCAAAUCUCGGCUGAACCAAUAAUUGAUCCUACUACGCUACGCCCAACAUCUCCCUGUUAAUGACUGUAUCGUGCAUUCACAAAAAAGACGAAACGGCUGUGUUGGCAAAAUGAGUUAUAUCGUGCACAGCUAUCUCUUUUCAUCCUCUAACUCUACAAUGAUCUCUUCCUACAGUGUACGCAUCGUACCGCUACCGAUCUUAGUCUAUGA